CGCGAGUGAACAAAGACGUCAAGUGUUACAUUGCAACAAUGUAGCAUAUGCCUAAUGUAACCAAUGUUCUAAGAUCAAUGAAGCAACGUUGCAAGUUACUUACCGUUUCCUAACUAACCUACUAGGGGAAUUCAACCAUCAGGUUUGUUUCGGAGGACUGUUUGUUUUGCCGCAUGACGAUUGUCGCCAACUACAUUUCCCAUGUUCCCUUUACAAGAACGCGUUUCUUGUUUCUAUGGUAACCAAACCAUAUCACAUAAUUUAGGCUAAUCAAAACUACGCUCUCCGCUAUGUCGCCAAAAUACCGUUGACCAGAUGUCUUUUCAACACUUCGAUAAUGCUGACUAUGAAGGUGGACAAGGAGAUGCACUUUCCUGCAGUAGGUCUGCUAGCAAUUCAUCGUCUGAGUCCACCACAUCCAACAAGAGCAAAGAUCGUGCUUACAGCAGUCGAGGGAGAUCUCCAGCAUCCUACUCUCAGGAUGAUUUCGAGGAUGAUAAAGACACAUUCUCUGUGCUCGAGAAAUCCCACGCCUCGCCAGUAAAGAAAUCUCUUAAGAAAGCAAAACAUUUUAAUCUCAAAGGCCAAAAGCGUUUAGGUGUGCAGCAUCCACACCAAAAAAAGAGCCACCGCCCUGGCCGCAAAGCGCCGCUUUUCCCCCCGAUCCGGCCCCUGGACGCCGUUGGCCAGCGGGUGGCGUCGGCACGCGAGCACCGCAUCAAGGAGCUGAGUAGCCAGGUGUGGGAGCUGCAGCGCCAGCUGGACGGUGCCUGGCAGGAGAACCGGCUGAUGCGCCGCGUGCAGAACCGCCACACGGCGGCGCUGCAGCACUUCCAGGACUCCCAGAGCGGCCUGCCCCAGAUUCUGCUGAAGCACGGGAACGAGGUGCACGCCCUCCAGGAGCUCCUGCGGAAGGCGCGGGGCCAGAGGAACAGCAUGGCGCAGCGUCUCGCCUCCAUGGAGGACCACCUGCGGCAGGCAUCCGAGGAGCGGCGCCGACUGCAGCUGCUGUGUCGACAGCGCCAUCUAGGGAAGAGAGAGGAGCUGACGCAGCAGCUCAGCAAACUCAGCCUGGAGAUGGAAGUCAAGACCAAGAGGAUAAAGGAGCUGGAGAGGAACCUUGAGUUGAGCAAUGCAUGCUCCAGCCGCCACCUGAGCACGGAGAUGAGGAAAACUGUGGAGGCUCGAGACCUGUCCAAGUUACUCCAGGAACAAAUCGACCAGCUGACUCAGAAGAUCAGGGAAAGGGAGCGGGAGUUGGAGAAUCACAAUAUUUACUCACACAGAUUCCCAAAGGCAAAGAAAGUGUUCGGACAUAACCCCUGGCUCUGUGAAUUGAAAACUAACACAGGGGUGCACCCACACACAAAGUGUCAAUCAACAGGAACAAAAGAGACCAAGGGUAUUCAGACUGAGGGUUUCUCACCUCUGCCUUUGGAAGCUCCCAGCUGUAAGCUAGAGAUCGAGUAUGAGAGCGAGGAGCACCUAGAGAAGCAGAGAAGCAACAGGAGCAUGGACCUCUGUGCCAUUGAUUUCAGCGAGCUGCAGAAAGAUCAAAAUGACACGGACAGAAGUCUCGCAGAGGACAGUGAGUCAAAGGAGGGUCCAGCCAUUGCUAUUGCCACUGAGGGCACAGAGGCAGGCAUGAAUGAAGAGGAGCAGCAGGAUGACAGUGGUGAUGAUUAUGACAAUGGUGAAGAUGAUGAUGGGGAGAUUAACGACAUGUCGGGUCGGCCCCGGGACGCCACCCACGAUCCGAGCAGCCCCGGCCAGGCCGAUACCAGCCUGGACCUGGACGACAUGCUCGGAACCAGCUGCCCGUCCGCCAACAAGCAGACCACACCCCGCGCUCGGCGCCACUACACCUUCAAGGAGACCAUCCAGAACCUCCACAGGGGCCGGCCGGCCUACGGGCUCCAGAAGGGCUCCAAGGGCCCGGCCUCAGGGCCCAGCCUGGGCGGGGACAGCGCCCCCUACGAGCCCUCCUUCCUGUCGGGGUCAGCUGGGAGAGCGCGGCCUUCGUUGCGGGAGGACCAGCGGCAUGAGGGCGAGGAGGACCCCCGCAGCCGCAAGAGCAGCCUGAUGAGGGAGCUGUUUGGCCUGGCAGACGCCGCGGAGCCCCGAGCCGAACGGAAGACCCACGCCAAGGAGCCGCGGCCGCCGCCCACCGUGAACUCGGACUCGGACCGCACGUCCUCCUACGUCCUGGGAGACACGGUGUCUCACAUCAGGGACCAGUUCAUUAUAUUUGACUGAGAAUAUAUCUGCCAAUUAUUAUUGGCGGGUUUUUAUAAUAAAAAAUAUGUUUUCAGAGA